AUGUGCAAUCCAAAGCCAUCUUCACCAACAUCACCAUUUCUUUCUCCAACAAAAACUCACACCAAAGUUGCUUAUUCCAAUCCUACCCUUGAUGAUGAUCAUGUUCAAGAUGAGUUUCAUUCUUGGCCUACUCUUAAAGAGGCCUUAACAGAAAUCAAAGAAAUAGGAAAAAUAUCAGGUCCAACAACAAUAACUGGUUUAUUGAUAUAUUCAAGAGCUAUGAUCUCAAUGAUUUUUCUUGGAUAUCUUGGUGAGAUGGAGCUAGCAGGAGGUUCACUUUCAAUAGGUUUUGCAAACAUCACUGGCUACUCAGUGAUAUCAGGCUUAGCCAUGGGAAUGGAACCAAUUUGUGGACAAGCUUAUGGAGCAAAACAAUGGAAGAUACUUGGCUUAACACUUCAAAGAACAGUUCUUCUUCUUCUUUCAACUUCAAUCCCUAUCUCAUUCAUUUGGUCCAACAUGAAAACAAUCCUUUUGUUUUCAGGUCAAGACCAAGAAAUUUCAUCCAUGGCACAAACUUUUAUACUCUACUCAAUACCUGAUCUUUUUCUUCUAUCAUUUCUUCAUCCUUUGAGAAUCUAUCUUAGGACUCAAGGAAUCACAUUGCCUUUGACAUAUUGUUCAGCUGUUUCUGUUUUGCUUCAUGUGCCUCUCAAUUUUCUUUUAGUUGUUUAUUUCGAAAUGGGGAUUGCGGGGGUGUCGAUAGCAAUGGUUUUGACUAAUUUGAACCUUGUUAUUUUGUUAUCAUCUUUUUUGUGGUUCUCUAGAGUUUAUAAAGACUCGUGGAUUUCGCCGAGCUUAGAAUGCGUUAAAGGGUGGUCCUCAUUGCUUUCGUUGGCAAUUCCUACUUGCGUUUCGGUUUGUCUCGAAUGGUGGUGGUACGAGUUCAUGAUAAUGAUGUGUGGACUUUUGAUUAACCCUAAAGCAACUAUUGCUUCAAUGGGAAUACUCAUUCAAACAACUUCUUUGGUUUAUGUUUUUCCGUCGUCACUCAGUCUCGGAGUUUCCACAAGAAUCGGGAACGAGUUAGGCGCGAAUAGGCCACAAAAAGCAAGAAUUUCAAUGAUAGUUUCACUUUUUGUUGCUAUGGUUUUAGGACUAGGAGCAAUGCUCUUCACAACAUUGAUGAGAAACCAAUGGGGAAAAUUCUUCACAAGUGACAAAGAAAUUCUUGAACUAACAUCCAUUGUGUUACCAAUUGUUGGACUUUGCGAGCUCGGGAAUUGUCCACAAACAACGGGUUGCGGCGUUCUUCGAGGAAGCGCGAGACCGACGAUCGGUGCUAACAUAAACUUGGGAUCUUUUUACCUCGUUGGAAUGCCGGUCGCGAUCUUUUUAGGAUUUGUUGCUAAAUUGGGAUUUGCAGGGUUGUGGAUUGGGUUACUUGCAGCUCAAGGCUCAUGUGCUAUGCUUAUGUUGAUUGUUCUUUGUAGAACUGAUUGGAAUGUGGAAGUUCAAAGAGCUAAAGAACUCACAAAAGCUUCAAUAAUAAAAACUACUUGUGAUGAUGAUAAUGAUGGUAAAUUACCUACAUUUAUUGAAGCUAAGAUGAACAAGAAUAAUGUUCAUGAUUGUCUUGAAGAAAUUGUUAUCACUCAUGAUGAAAAAGAUCCACUUAUCAUAACUACUACUACUACCAAUUACAUUGAAGAUUAG